AGAGAGAGAGAGAGAGAGAGAGAGAGAGAGAGAGAGAGAGCAGAGCAUUGGAACAGGGACUUCCCUGAGCCUCCAUCAUCUACAGAGAGAGAAAAAAACACUCUCACACACACAGCCUCCCAAGCACACACACACACACACACACACACGCGCACACACGCACACUGUGCUGAGAGCUAGCAAGGGGCUUUAAACAGCUUUACACUAAACGGAGACAAAGGGACUGUAAGUUACCACAAUGGAGGAAAACAUGGAUGAAUCACAAAGCCAGAAAGGUUGUAAGGAGUGCUGUGAGCGCUGCGUGGGCAGUCUGCCCUGGGCCUCCCUCAUCGCUACGGUCCUCCUCUACAUGGGUGUGGCCUUGUUUUGUGGGUGUGGCCACGAGGCUUUGAGCGGCACCGUCACCAUCCUUCAGAACUAUUUUGAAGUCAUCAGAGCCCCAGGAGAAACACUGGAUGUGUUCACCAUUAUCGACAUCCUGAAGUACAUCAUCUACGGCCUGGCAGCUGGAUUCUUUGUGUUUGGAGUGCUGUUGCUGGUGGAGGGCUUCUUCACCACUGGAGCCAUCAGGGAUCUCUAUGGAGAGUUCAAAAUCACCGCGUGUGGACGCUGCCUCACUGCAUUCCUCAUUUUCCUGGCCUACCUGUUCUUCCUGGUUUGGCUCGGAGUGACAGCAUUCACCAGCCUGCCCGUCUUUAUGUACUUCAAUGUUUGGUCCAUGUGUCAGAACACCAGCUUGGUGGAGGGAGCCAACCUCUGCCUGGACCUGCGUCAGUUCGGAGCGGUGGCCAUCUCUGAGGAAAGAAAGGUGUGUACAGGAUCUGAGAAGUUCUUCAAGAUGUGUGAAUCCAACGAGCUGGACUUGACCUUCCAUCUGUUCGUGUGCACACUGGCAGGAGCAGGAGCUGCUGUCAUCGCCAUGGUCCACUUCCUGAUGGCGCUGGCGGCUAACUGGGGCUACCUGAAGGACGCCAGCCGGAUGCAGAAGUACGAGGACAUCAAGUCCAAGGAGGAGCAGGAGCUGCACGACAUCCACUCCACACGCUCCAAAGAACGUCUCAAUGCCUACACAUAAACACACACACACACACACACACACACACACACACACACAAACACACACACACACAUACAUGAGUGAAAAAACAACAAAAACAUACAUUCAAAGACAGGAGAAGGCAGGGAUGAGUUGAUGACAUAAAAAUUAUAAAACACAAACACCAUGCAGUAGAUCAUUGGCUCAGGUGAUCUAUGCUAACACCUUAGCAUCCGCUAUGUUGCCCUUUCCCUUCAGAAUGGAAACAAGCGAGAGCACGGUGCUGCUGAUGGCAGACUGCUGAAACUCCAUCAUUGCAUCAUUUCUCAAUUUAAAUGGUUCCAGAAAGAAAAUCUGGCUGAAUCAACUUUAAGUAGUUCAUAAUAUUUCACUCUGAAGAUUUCUUCAUAUGAAGGCCUAAAUGGACCAGGCCCGGUCUCCGCCUUUUUGGGCCCUAAGCUUUCCUUCCCCUUCAACUCCCCAGAGUAGCUUUGCACUGUGUCAGUGUGCAGAAACAUCCGCUGAAACUAGCCUGACAUCACAGACAGAAACUCAAAUAACCAUGGAAAAGGUAACAAACUAACAAAACUGUACAGUGCAUGUAUAAAAAAAGCACACAAAACAUACAAGAUGAACAGAAGAACCCAGAGAACUGUUCCAAAUGUUAAUGUGCUUUGUGGCCCCUGGGGGCCCUCAGCGUCUGAUUGGUUUGAUACGUUUUGGCCGGCUGUGCUUUUUCCUUUUAAAAAUGCCAAGAUUACCCAAAAAGUUUGGUCUUUUGUUUGUGUCAGUGUUCCUGGCUUACCAUUGGUCACCGUGCUAAACUGUGACAUCACAGCUGUUAGCAUGGCAUGCUGCAGUCAACGAUCUACAGCAGACACACACACACACACACACACACACGCACGCACACACACACACACACACACACACACACACACACACACACACACACACACACACACACACAGUCGGUGUUGUGCAGCCAGUGUUCUAUGGUGGUGUUGUGUCGUGUCACCACAUUAUGAUAAGGUGUAUUGCAGAGAAAGACGCUCUCCAAGGAAACGUGUACCCGGGUACUGAUGGGUAGCUUUGAUAACCCCCCCCCCCCAAACCCUUCCUCUUUCUCUGCUACGGUACCUCUUCAUCCUGAGCUCAGUUUCAUUAGCUGUUCCACAUAUUCCUGUUCCACAGACGGUCAGCUUUUGGAAAUGAAACGCAGGCUUAAUAGUUUCAUGUAAUAAUGAUAAUGAAAGCGUAUUUUGAUUCAGAAAAGACGCAGAUGAAGAUGAUGUCAGAAAUGAUCUUUUUUUCCAAAAAUAGCUCUAUUUGUACUCUAUAUCAUACUUCGGGCUCUUUAAGCAUAAAAGCAGCUGAGAUGCCUGUGGGAACUGAAACGGCUAAUGAAACGGGGCUUCAUCCCGUCAGUGGAAACUGGGGAUCUGUCCUCAGAAACAGCACAUCUUUUCAGCACAAAGUCUUUUUUACAUGUGUCAUGUUCUCAUCAGUCUGAUAAAUAAUGUCUCCCUUUUUGGAAUUUUGCCACAUUUUUAUCAGUAUUAUUUAUGUGUAAUUUUAACAUUGGGGUAUUUAUAUGGGGCAGGUGUGUGUGUGUGUGUGUGUGUGUGUGUGUGGGGUGUUGGGUAACAUCACUUUCACAUUUUCAUGUUAUGAUACUAUAUUUCAGUGGUUCUGCACACACACACACACACACACACACACACACACACACACACACACACACACACAGAGUAUACAUCAAUCACCUUUUUAAUCUCGUGUUUUCUUUUUUAUAACUUUCUUUCAACCAGCCCUAAUGUGACCAAAAUGAGCACUUCUUAGUAAGUUGUGUUUGUCAUUGGUGACAUGCCCAGAUGCAUUGUGGGUGCUGUGUUGGUAGUGCAGGUUGUAAAGGCUGAGCUGGUUGUCCCUCUCAUGAAGAGUUGAGUUGAGUUGCUGGGGUGUUUGAUAUGAGAGAUGGGAACAGUGAAUCAGAGGCGCUGAAGGAACCAGGUCCCUAUUCAGCAUGUCACAUCUAAAAGAUGUGAAUCCUCAAUGGCCAGGGGGAACGCCCAGGAUGUUUGUGUCAUCCGUGAAGUUGUGUUGAGCCAGCAUUAGAGGGAGCGGAUUGGUCCAGCUGUGGAGGGAAGGGAAGGGAAGACUCUCUAUCUGCCAGUAGAGACGUCAUUACUGUACUGAGGAAGACAUUAGUCAUUACACACACACACACACACACACACACACACACACACACACACACACACACACACACACACACACACACACACACACACCGCCAUUGCUCUGAGCCGUAAUUAUUUCAGCAAGAACAUUUCACUAUUUUAUUAUCAACUUUUAAUCUAUGAGACUUUUUAAAUGUGAAAUUAUUGAUUAUUAAGGGGAAAAGUAAAUGUUCUUUUUUUCUUUUUCCUUUUUGUGGGCAGUAUUAAGCACUGUACCUACAUGAACUCUGUAAAAAGAUAUACAUAUAUAUGUGAAACAGUGGAGGUGAGCAGCCGGAGAAGGAUGACCUGUUGGUGAGUGAGUCUGGAGGAGCCCAACACGCAUACACACACAGACACACAGACACACACACACACACACACACACACACACACACACAUAUACAUCAAUAUAGAGGGAAUAUAGAGGUCUGAGUCAGUGCCAGAUGAUUCCCACAUGGCAGUAAUCAAUUGGCUGACUAUCUAAAACUAAUGGUGUACCUUGGAAAAGGUUCUGCGGCUGUGCACCUGUAUGGUCCUUUAACAGGCAAACAUGGCGCCUCAGCCACUAUGUGACCACAUCUCUCUGUUUGAUACUUGACUUGGUCUUGGUCAGGCAGAAGCCGUGAGGUUUCACCCUUCUAUAAGACCUUGAGUGGCUGCGUGUCCAUGUAGACACUAAGCUUUGGCUUGUCUGGCCUUUCUCCCAAACCAUUGGUUCCAAGCUUAUUUUGUUUAGAUCUGGUUCUUUGUGUAAAUGCAGCGCUGACAGAAUGAAAGCUCUGAUGAGUGUGGACUCCAGCAGACUCGUGUCCUGUUCAGGUGUAUCUCGGCUGCUCACUCAGUAUUUUUAAGGGUCUAGUUUUACAGUAACAGUAUUCUAUCAUUUCAUUGCCUGACAAUGGAUGUCUUGUCAGUGUUUUUAACUUCAGAUAAAUGAAAAAAAAAUAGUUUUUGUGCACUUAUUUUAUUGACCAUUGUGAGCUCUCUCUCUCUCUCUCUCUCUCUCUCUCUCUCUCUCCGUCUCUCCUUUCUCUCUUCUCCCUCUCUCUCUCUCUCUCUCGCUCUCUCUCUCUCUUUCCGUCUCUCCUUUCUCUCUUCUCCCUCUCUCUCUCUCUCUCUCUCUCUCUCUCUCUCUCCUCUCUCCCAUUCUUGGUGUGUAAGUGCAUUUAGAUCCCAUUGUGGGAUCUGUGUAUAGUCUUGCAGCAUUGGUUAUAAUCUGAAGAAAACAAAUGAAUUGAUAAAAAUGACGAUAAUCUUAUACUAGGUAAAAAAAGACAGUGAAUCUAGUUGUUGUUUGUGGCAUGGUUAUGCAUUCAAUGGUCAUCAUUUCAAUGAUUAAAACUAUACAAAAAAAUCCUUAUUUUCCACUGGUGCUGUUCUGCUGUUUGGAUUUGUUUUCCACGUUUCAGUGUGCAGUAUUGCGGUUCCUGUUGCUAAUGGUGUUGCUAAGCUAGCUUGCUUGCUCAGUUGUUUACCACCAGAGCAAUAUAUUGUAGCAGUUUGACGAAAUCAAGAAGUAAACAAGAAAUCCAUAGCCGUACAUUUCUGGCAUACUGGUGCAUGAAUCUAUGAUUGCAAGUCUUAAGUGAUAUGAUCAUGGUGUUUUUAAUUGUUUCUCCUAAUGAAGCACAUUUGCAGAUGUGGUGUAAUGUAUUGCUCUGGCCAGCUAUCAUCCUGCUCACAUCGUCUUCCUCAUUCUGGCCCUUCAGGCUAAAAUCUGGGUGUCCAAUUCACAUUUGUGACCAUAUUUGAAUUUAAAUUUAACCCAUGUCUGAUUUGCUGUGUGCCUGCAUGCAUUUCAAGAGUCAGUGAUGUAUGAGGAAAGCUAUGUGUAACCUAGCAACACACAGCCAGAUCAUCAUCUGUAAUGGACAGUGGCAACAAGGGGUAAUAUACAAAUAACAAAUAACAUUUCAGGUUACUUCCAAAGCAUAUUAGAGCUGCACAAUCCCAUUUGAAGGUGAAGAAGAGUUCAGCCUGGUUGCAGGCUGCAGUGACUGAACCCUGGCACAUACAUUCCUCUUAAAUUGGAUCUCCACAUAUAAAUAGAUUUAAUUUGAGCAAAAACGUCAAAUUGGGUCAUGUUUGCCAGGUGGUGUAAAGGUAGCCUGAAUGAAAUCUGAUAUUUACUGCCUGCUGUUGGAAUCAGUGAGAGGAUGUGAGCUGCCCGCACUCCAUUGUUUAAGUCUCCUCAUCUAACCCACGUCCCCUAGUAAAGAUGAAUGUGUCCUAAUCCUGCAUCCUAAUCCUGCGUCCUUCAUGUCCACCCCUGGCCACAUCCUAUUGUGAUAGGAUUUAGACAACUGACAAUGUCAGCUUAUUAAAGCAUGGAUUUCAAAACAUGAAAUCUGAUAUCUAACCCUCUGUGAAAAAGAUUUGAUCUGUUUUUGCAUCUAUAAACCCUCCGCUCUGUCUCACAGGAGGAAAGCUAGGAUCCUCUGCAGCCCAGAUGUAAAGCUUAUAAUGUUAGUCUGUGAUCAUCACAUGUUCCAGACCCAUGCUUAAUGUCAGGUUGGACAUCUUGGACAAUGGGAGUAUUGUUUUUCUGUUUCACCAUAGUAUUCUAGACUUUUUGUACUUCACUCUGGUUGCUUAGUAGCAGGCUUUAUCUGAUUCACUCCUCCAUUUUUGUACAUAUGUGUGCCAACAGCCUGGGCAGACAGUGGCUUUUUUAUUUGUAAAGACAUAAACUUGCUUGCAUAUAUAAAUAAAAGAAAAUAAUACACUUGUGUACUUGUUAA